AUGAACGGUGGUAUCCUAAGAUUCUGCUUUAUAGAUCCUAAUGGUGGUCCAUUGCCAGUGCGAUGCUACCGACAGCAGGAUGAUAGCUAUUGGGUUGAAUUCACUCCUGAACAAACUGGUAAGACGAUUGAGUCAGUUGCGCAGAAUUUUCAAGUAGGAUGUAGUUCUUCUUUAGGAACUCACAACAUCGAAGUGACAUUCGGUGACGUCCCGGUAGUCGGUUCACCUUUCAAAUGUGAGGUUGUUGAUCCUAAGAAAGUACGUGUCAGAGGCCUUUCCGAUUCACUCCUCUUACGCCAUGCGACUGUGAUCAACGUUGAUCGUCGUCAAGCGGGAGCGGGUGAUCUUACCAUUGAGGUUACCGAUCCCUCGGGCACGCCUUUAAAAGUUGAAAUGUUGAAAUCACCCGGGGGAGAGGACCGAGCUACGUUCCUGCCAAAUCAGACGGGACCACAUAAAGUGAACGUAAAAGUUGCAGGAUUCCAGAUACCUGGUUAUCCACAAACCAUAGUUGUAUCCGAGCAACAGCAGCCUAGUGUUUACGGAGCAGCUAUUGAUCAUUCUAUUAAAAUCGACGAGCCAGCCAGCCUCAUCUUCGAUCCCAAGGGUAGUAACGGUGGUCUGAAAGUGAAUGUUGUUGGACCCAGGGAUAACAAGGUUCGGCAUAAAGUAAUGCGGCGACCCAACGGCACAUCUGAGGUGGUGUUUUCGCCAGAGGAAGUUGGUGCUCACAUUGUACAUAUCGACUUCAAUAACAAACCAAUUGCCGAAAGUCAACGUUGCAUUACAGGAAGUCCGUUUACGGUACGUGUCGUCGAUCCAUCAAAAGUGGUGGUGAACGAUCUAGACAUGGAUCGUGAUGGUUCAUUCUUGCUGCGCCUAGGUCAGCAGAAUGUUUUUGACGUCGACGCUACCGCUGCCGGACCCGUGAUUGUGAUUUUAGGCAAACUUCGUGCUGAAGUUCGGAAUUCCGAGAGUGCGCUGCUCGGUGAAGGCAAACUUCGUGCUGAAGUUCGGAAUUCCGAGAGUGCGCUGCUCGGUGAAGGUCCGGCCGUCGACGACCUCGGCUACGGAAAGUACCGCGUCGCUUUCACUCCCAAACAUCCCGGACGAUACUCGAUAUACCUCUACUGGAAUGAGCUACCGGUGGAAAGCGCAUUCCCGGUACGAGCACGCUCAUCCGAAGAGCGGGCGACAACAUCCCGUGAGGCAGUUGCACCAGUUACACAUGUCAGAUUGACAGCGACAUUGUUUGGCACAAAGGCUGACGUGCCUGUACGAGUGCAACAGCUUGGGUACAAUGUCUACAAGGCCACCUACACACCUCUCACUGGUGGUAACUAUGAACUGCACAUACUUUGGAAUGGAACUCAUGUCAAGGGAUCUCCAUUCAAGGUCAACGCAGACACUGCUUCAUCUCCUGCAGAGCUGAUAACAGUUGAUAGCUCUUCGUUGAAAAUUGGUAUCAUCAAUGAUGACAUUAAAACCGUGAUUGACACUCGACGUGCAGGUCCAGGACAAUUAUCAGCGCAAUGUAUGGGACCAGUAAAACUGGCAUACUGCGAGUUGUAUGACCACCGAGAUGGCACAUACACACUGAGUGUUAGGCCAACUGAGGUUGGAAAACACACGCUUGUCAUCAAAUACAAUGACCAGCAUGUGCGAGGCAGUCCUUUCCUAAUUCAUCAUGUGCGAGGCAGUCCUUUCCUAAUUCAUGUCUCAUUACCUCCAGAUCCGUCCAAGGUUCGCGUGUAUGGACCUGGGAUCGAACACGGAAUCUUGAGCAUGUUUAAAUCGAACUUCGUUGUUGAGACCAGAGGGGCAGGAGCCGGUCAGCUGACUGUCCGAGUUCGUGGUCCCAAGGGUGCUUUCAACGUCGAGAUGCAGAGGGAAAAGAAGAAUGAACGAACGAUUCACUGCAAGUAUGAGCCAAAGGAGCCUGGAGAUUAUCAGGUUGAAGUGAAAUGGCAUGGUGAACACGUACCCGGAAGUCCUUUCCUGGUGAUGAUCGUGGAUACAGAGCAGGAGCUGUCACGUUUCUUACGAGGCGAGGCCCCCUCACCGACACCAGCCACCCCGUUCGUGCCUCCAGGUUGGGUCGGACCACCGCCGAUGUUCCCUCCCCCAAUGGGCCAGCGAUACGGGCCACCACUACCGCUAGGACCCCCUAUGGUAAGCUUAUUUUGUUCGAUUACUAGUAUAUUUGCUAAUCGCUAUGCUGUCAUCGACAUACUAUGA